AGACCUGCAGUAGAGUAGUACCCAGGUUAUAUUUUUAUGGAGAUCCCUCCCUCGUUGCCGCCCAUUGCCAUCACAACUCUCUCUCUCACCGAAGUGUAGGCUACCCUCCUAACUAGAGAGCGUAAUGCGCCUGCUCAGCAGUUUACACCGAUUGACAGAAGACAAAUCCAAGCAUCAGCGAGCGACGUGACACGGAGCUCCAUAUGCAAUAUUGUGACAAAAAAAAUCUGAAAGAAAUGGUGAUUAUCUUGAGCCACUGUAGAUAAAACCUGGAGUGAAUAAGAUUUCCAUUGAAGAAGCUAACCAAGGGUUGCCGUUUUGAAGACAGUGAUAUUUUCAUUCGUGGAAAUGGAAUUGGUAUGAGUUUUUGAGUGCAGUAUUUGUAAGCAGACGGAGUGCAGAGAAGAGUGAAUUCAAGCAACAGUAGAGCUGGAAUGUCCUGAGUCAGUCCCCCGGUCCAGAGAACAACUCCCAGCAUCAGCCAGUGCUGAUGGGACCUGCUUCUCCACGAUGAGUCUUCAAGAUGGCAGCUGCGUCUAUGCUAGCGACAAUUUGGCGGCUAACACGGCCAGCGGCAGCAUGCGGCGGCGCCUGGAAGACCAGGAGUUCACCCUGCGCGUCUACCCGGGCGCCCUGGCCGAGGGCACCAUCUACUGCCCCGUGGGCGCCCGCAAGAGCACCACUGCUGCCGAGGCCAUUGAGCGCCUGCUGGAGUGUCUGAGCCUGGACCGUACCAAAUGCUACGUGCUAGCCGAGGUGAAGGAGUUCGGCGGGGAGGAGUGGAUCCUCAACCCCAGUGACUGCCCAGUCCAGCGGAUGAUGCUGUGGCCCCGCAACGCCCUAGAGAAUCGCUGUGGCCUGGGCAGUGGGGAGGACUACCGUUUCCUUCUCAGAGAGAAGAACCUGGACGGCUCCAUCCAUUAUGGAGGCAGUCUCCAGAUGUGGCUGCGCGUGACCGAGGAGCGCCGCCGCAUGGUGGAACGGGGUUUUCUGCCCCAGCCCGCAGGGGGCGAGCACCCGGCCGACCUGUGCGCUCUCCCUGAGCUGACGGAGCACGCCCUGCUGGAGAGCCUCCGCUCGCGCUUCCGGCAGGAGAAGAUCUACACCUACGUCGGCUCCAUCCUCAUCGUCAUCAACCCCUUCCAGUUCCUACCCAUCUACAACCCUAAGUACGUCAAGAUGUACGACAACCACGCUCUGGGAGACCUGGAGCCGCACAUCUACGCCGUGGCGGAUGUGGCUUACCACGCCAUGCUGCAGCGACGGAGGAACCAGUGCAUCGUCAUCUCUGGAGAGAGCGGCUCAGGAAAGACCCAGAGCACCAACUUCCUGAUUCAUCACCUGACCGCCCUCAGCCAGAAGGGAUUCGCCAGUGGGGUGGAGCAGAUCAUCCUGGGGGCGGGGCCUGUGUUAGAGGCAUUUGGGAACGCCAAGACGGCUCACAACGACAACUCCAGCCGUUUUGGGAAGUUCAUCCAGGUCAACUACCAGGAGAGUGGCACCGUCCGAGGAGCGUAUGUGGAGAAGUACCUACUGGAGAAGUCACGCCUGGUCUACCAGGAGCACAAUGAAAGGAACUACCAUGUGUUCUACUACCUUUUGGCUGGAGCCACUGAGGAGGAGAGGAAGGCCUUCCACCUGCUCAAACCGGAGGAUUACCACUACCUCAACCAGCAGGACUGCUUAACAGUGGAAGGGGAGGACCUGAAGCACGACUUUGAGAGACUGCAACUGGCCAUGGACAUGGUGGGGUUCCUGCCUGCCACACGCAAACAGAUCUUCUCUCUGCUGUCUGCUAUCCUCUACCUGGGCAACAUCCUCUACAAGAAGAAGACCUACAGAGAUGACUCCAUAGACAUCUGUAACCCAGAUGUGCUGCCUACCAUCUCAGAGCUGCUCCAGGUGAAGGAGGAGAUGCUGUUCGAGGCUCUGACCACCAGGAAGACGGUGACUGUGGGAGAGAGGCUGAUCGUUCCGUACAAACUGGCCGAGGCUGGUACCGUUCGGGACUCCAUGGCCAAAUCCCUGUACAGCGCCCUGUUUGACUGGAUCGUGUUCCGGACCAACCAUGCUCUGCUCAACAACAAAGACCUGGAGCACAGUGCCAAGAUUCUUUCAAUUGGAGUGCUGGACAUCUUUGGCUUUGAAGACUACGAGAACAACAGCUUUGAGCAGUUCUGUAUCAACUUGGCCAACGAGAGGCUCCAUCACUACUUCAACCAGCACCUCUUCAAACUCGAACAGGAGGAGUACAGGGCCGAGAGCAUCAGCUGGCACAACAUCGACUACAUCGACAACACAGGCUGCAUCAACCUCAUCAGCAAGAAGCCCACCGCGCUGCUCCACCUGCUGGACGAAGAGUGCAAUUUCCCCCAGGCCUCGAACCAGACCCUGCUGGACAAGUUCAAACGGCAGCAUGAGGGGAACAGCUACAUCGAGUUCCCCGCCGUCAUGGAGCCCGCCUUCAUUAUCUGCCACUACGCCGGCAAAGUCAAGUACGGCAUCAAGGACUUCAGGGAGAAGAACACUGAUCACAUGCGUCCGGACAUCGUGGCCCUGUUGAAGAGCAGUAAGAACACCUUCAUCUGUGGCCUGAUGGGCAUCGACCCGGUGGCCACCUUCCGCUGGGCCGUCCUCAGAACCUAUUUCAGAGCCAUGGUAGCCUUCAGGGAGGCUGGGAAGAGACACGCCGACAAGAAGACUGUGAAUGAUGCUGCUGUACCGUGUGUUGUCAAGAGCGUGGACAGCUUCAGCUUCCUCCACCACCCUGUGCACCAGAGGAGCCUUGAGAUCCUGCAGAGAUGCAAAGAUGAGAAAUACAAUAUCACUCGAAAGAAUCCCCGGACGCCCUUGUCAGACCUCCAGGGCAGCAACACACUGAAGGAAAAGCCCACCAGGGAUGGUUAUGGCGUGGGCUGUAACGGGCGUCGCUCCAGACAGGGUGGUCUGUCCUCCUCUGGCACAGAGUUUGAUGAUGGCAUCUUCUUCAACUCUACUAGCAGCAAGCUGCUGGAGAGGGCACAGAGCAUCCUCAUGCGGAACAAAAACUACAAGUCCAAGCCCAGCUUACCGAAGCACCUGUUGGACGUGAAGUCUCUGAGGUACCUGAGCAGCGUGACCCUCCACGACCGCAUCACUAAGUCCCUCCUCCUCCUGCACAAGAAGAAGAAAACCCCCAGCAUCAGCGCUCAGUUCCAGGCCUCUCUCAACAAGCUGAUGGAGACCUUGGGUCAGUCGGAGCCCUACUUUGUCAAGUGUGUCCGCUCCAAUGCAGAGAAGCUCCCCCUGCGUUUCAAUGAUGGCCUUGUGCUCAGGCAGCUGAGGUACACAGGCAUGUUGGAGACCGUCCGCAUCCGCCAAUCAGGAUACGCCAUCAAAUACACCUUCCAGGACUUUGUGCGUCACUUUCGUGUGCUCUUACCAGACAUCACUAGACCAACCAAGUCUGGCAUCAGGGAGUUCUUUCGUCAAGUUCAUCUAGCACCCGCUGGGUAUCAAGUGGGCAACACAAUGGUGUUCCUGCGGGAUGCGGAGCGUCAGUGGCUGCAGGCUCUGCUCCACAAGGAGGUGUUAGGGCGCAUCGUCACGCUGCAGCGCCGCUUCCGAGCCCGGCUGGAGAGGAAACACUUCAUCAACAUGAGACAGGCCGCUGAUGUCAUCCAGCGAUGGUGGAGGGGCUGCCUGCUCAGACAGUUGGAGGCUGCAGUGGACCCAGCCGUCCAGGAGGAGGCAGCAGAGGACCCAGCCGUCCAGGAGGAGGCAGCAGUGGACCCAGCCGUCCUGGAGGCGGCAGCAGUGGACCCAGCCGUCCAGGAGGCGGCAGCAGUGGACCCAGCCGUCCAGGAGGAGGCAGCAGAGGACCCAGCCGUCCAGGAGGAGGCAGCAGAGGACCCAGCCGUCCAGGAGGAGGCAGCAGAGGACCCAGCCGUCCAGGAGGAGGCAGCAGAGGACCCAGCCGUCCAGGAGGAGGCAGCAGAGGACCCAGCCGUCCAGGAGGAGGCAGCAGUGGACCCAGCCGUCCAGGAGGAGGCAGCAGAGGACCCAGCCGUCCAGGAGGAGGCAGCAGAGGACCCAGCCGUCCAGGAGGAGGCAGCAGAGGACCCAGUCGUCCAGGAGGAGGCAGCAGAGGACCCAGCCGUCCAGGAGGAGGCAGCAGAGGACCCAGCCGUCCAGGAGGAGGCAGCAGUGAACCCAGCCAUCCAGGCGGAGGCAGCAGUGGACCCAGUCGUCCAGGAGAAGGCAGCAGUGUGCCUGCAGGCAUCGUGGAGGGGCUACAGGCAGUGCAGGCAGUUCCUGCAGUGGCGGGACUCUGCCCUGAUAAUACAGAGGCGCUGGAGAAACUGCAUCCAGCACAGGGCUCUGGCGGCCAUUACGGUGCAGACAGCCUGGCGCGUCCACAGAGAGAGAGCCCACCACCGUAGCACACGUGGUGCAGUUAUGCUGCUACAGGCAGCCUGCAGGGGCUUCAUGGCACGCCUGAGGUUCACAGAACUAAAAGAGCAGAGUCAGCAGGAAAAGCAGUUGCUCAAUGGACAAAGUAGCCCCACCACAGAAGAAGAGAAGGCAGAUAGGACCAUGGGCCUGGAUAUGGACAUCUCGGAGGACCAUGUCGUCGAGAUCACCCACCAUCAUGGCAUCCAAGAUGUCUCCACGGUCUGGCCUACUGAAGACUCUAAUGAAUCUAGGUGGAAGUGUUUGUUGGAAGAGGAAGAGGAUAGAGAGAGCGAGAGAAGACCGUGUAUAGAGGAGUCCAGCAGACAGAGUAUAGAGCCCAGCAGCCACAAGACACGGGCCAAGAGACAGAAUCGGCGUAUGAGGGAGCUGGAGCAGACCCAGUUCAGCCUGGAGCUACUCAAGGUGCGGACCCACAGAACGGGAGGGACUCUGCCAGAAGAGGAGACCCAUGUACCCCCGUGUCCGGACAACAUCUCCUGUCCCCUGGACGACCACCAACACCACCGGCCCUCCUCCCCUGGUAGCCACGGGAGCACCUCCAUAGACGUCGAGGUGGAGGCGGGAGGGCCUGGUUACCCCGGUUGCCAUGUUAACCAGUCAGCGCCGCUCCGGACUUCUUCCCAAGAGGAUUCGGUCAGACCAGGGCCUCCCAUUCACACCCCCACAGAGUCCCAGUCCCAGGAGCACCCGGAGGUGGUAAAACAGAAUGAUCUGAGCCCCGGGACAGAGGAGCUACCGCCCAUGCUACUGCCCCCUAUCAAGGAGAUGGUAAAACAGAAUGAUCUGAGCCCCGGGACAGAGGAGCUACCGCCCCCUAUCAAGGAGGUGGUGACGGAGGCUACACAAUCCACCAUCUACAUCCCCCCUGAGGACCACAGCAGUGAGCUCAAGCCUAAGCAACAGAGCCCCAACAAGCGUGUGAAGGAGAGGAGAGAGUCCUCCUCUCGAGGGCCCGUGGUGGUUGUCAUCAGUAUGCAGAAGGAGACCCUGCUGGACGAAGGGGAACUGCGGGCGACAAAAGCCCAGGAGAGUGCACUCCAGAUGGGUGUAACCCCUGCAACAUUCUCCCCUACACCCAUCGCUGGCCUGGAAGUAUCAGAGAAGGCCCAGCCGCCUAGGACUGUUACCAAACCUCCGAGAGACUUAGCUGGGGUCGACAUGUCUAGCUUGGUGCCCUCCUCCAACUCCAGCCAUGGCCUUUGUCCUUCCGAGGUAGAUAUCCAGAUAGUUCUGGAGCCCAAGGCCCCCACUGGUGAAGUCCCUCCCAGCCAGCAGGAGAGGAAGGCGGGCAGGCCAGCGCAGGACAACUGGGUCUCCACCGACAGGAUCCUGGAGAGCAGGGAAGCAGCCUUGGCACCACAGAAGAAGACUCCGACCAAGACCAUCAUUGUCAAUAUGACUGAGAAGCCACCCUCCAACGUCACGUUCUCACCCCGACGCAAGCUCCCCUUCUCCAAGUCUGAUAAGGACCUGGUGAACAAGGAGUGGUCGUUGGUCUCUGUCUCUAGAGGCACCACUGGACGGACGGCCAUAGAGGCUGCUCACAAGGAAGUGCAGAAGAGCAUCCAUAAGACCAUGUCUUCAGGGGACCUGGGAAAGGUAGCAACGCUUAGGAAGACAUCCAGUCAGGAUGGAAGCAGAGUACGAGGGAAGAUACGGUUCUGGGGCAAGACCAAGCAUGCAGAGAAGAAGCUGUCUAGAGACAAGCAGCAGUCCACACAGAGAGACUGCACUGACAAGAUAGACGGAACAACGUCUCCCCCCCACAGUCCCAACCUGAUGGGGACCAGGGGACGGGAGACCAAGGAGAACAAGGAGCCCUCUCCCAAAGUGAGGCGGAGGCGCAGCGUCAAGAUCAGCAGCGUGGUCCUAGAGCCCGCCCAGUGGGGGAACGACGCGCUGCACAUCCUCACCAGCACCCACGACUACAGGAGCAUGAACGACUUCCUCAUGAAGAAGAUCAGUGACCUGGACUCGGAGGACUGUCAGAAGGACACCUUGGUGGACGUGGUCUUCAAGAAAGCUCUGAAGGAGUUCCGCCUCAACAUCUUCAACUCCUACUCCACCGCCCUGGCUAUGGAUGACGGUAAGAGUAUCCGUUAUAAGGACCUGUACGCCCUGUUUGAACACAUCCUGGAGAAGAGCAUGCGGCUGGAACAGAGGGACUGGAGCGAGUCGCCCGUCAAGGUCUGGGUCAACACCUUCAAGGUCUUCCUGGAUGAGUUCAUGACCGAGUACAAGCCCAUGGACGGCACCAUCAUCAAGGCCUCCAAACCAGAACGUAAGAAGAGGAGGAAAAAGGAACCUGACAUUGUUGAGGAGCACAACGGCCACAUCUUCAAGUCCACCCAGUACAGUAUCCCCACCUACUGCGAAUACUGCUCCUCUCUCAUCUGGAUGAUGGACAGGGCCUGCGUCUGCAAACUGUGUCGGUACGCCUGCCAUAGAAAGUGCUGCUCCAGGAUGACCACCAAAUGUAGCAAAAAGUACGACCUGGAGCUGUCGUCCAGGCAGUUUGGCGUGGAGGUGUCUCGUCUGACCAGCGAGGAGAGGACCGUGCCCCUGGUGGUGGAGAAGCUCAUCAACUACAUCGAGAUGCACGGCCUCUACACGGAGGGCAUCUUCAGGAAGUCUGGCUCCACCAAUAAGAUCAAAGAGCUGCGGCAGGGGCUGGACACAGAUGUGAGCAGCAUGAACCUGGACGACUACAACAUCCACGUCAUCGCCGGCGUGCUCAAACAAUGGCUCCGUGACCUGCCCAACCCUCUGAUGACCUUUGAACUGUACGAGGAGUUCCUCCGGGCAAUGGGCCAGCCAGACCAGAAGGAGGUAAUCCGAGGGGUGUACUCUGUGAUCGACCUGCUCAGCAGAACCCACCUGAGUACCCUGGAGCGCCUCAUCUUCCACCUGGUCAGGAUCGCCCUUCAGGAAGACACCAACCGUAUGUCGGCCAAUGCCCUAGCCAUCGUGUUCGCCCCCUGCAUCCUCCGCUGCCCCGACACCAUCGACCCCCUGCAGAGUGUCCAGGACAUCGGCAAGACCACCGCGUGUGUGGAGCUGAUCAUCGGAGAACAGAUGAAUAAGUACAGUGCCAGACUGAAGGACAUCAACAGUCUGGAGUUUGCUGAGAACAAGGCCAAGAGCAGACUGACACACAUCAGGAAGUCCAUGAAACCUGUACUAAUCGCUGUUAAGUUUAUUGGCAUAACCCGCACGACCACUCCGGGCAAAGGUCGUCUGCGAAGGGGUAGCAGCCACCACACGCCCUCCCCGCCCCUCAGCCCCAGAGUGCUCCCGGUGGUGGACGGGGAGAGUGCAGAGGAGGAGAGGGCAGAGCCGGGGCUGACAGAACAGCAGCAGGCCACCAUGCAGCAGGAAGAGAGGGUCCUCACGGAGCAGAUUGAGGGCCUGCAGAGAGAGAAGGAGGAGUUAACGUAUGAGAUGUUGAUCUUGGAGCCGCGGGCGUCUGAUGACGAGACUCUGGAGUCGGAAGCCUCGAUAGGAACAGCAGACAGCUCUGAGAAACUCAACAUGGACCCUGAAGGAGCCGCCUUCAACCCCUCUGGCACCUAUCACUCCCGGAAGUCUGAAGCCAAGAGCCGCCGCUGCCUCCGGAGACAACCCGACUCGGUUGACUCCACCUCCUCCUCCUCCUCCUCCAUUAUACCUCAAUCCCCCAACUACCGCUUCCGCUCCUCCUCCUCCGGCCCCCUACUCUCCUCCUGCUCCUUGGGCCUAGGAGCCCCCUUAGUGGAGUCCGAGGGGGACCCGAGUGGCACUGUGGGGGUGAAGAGUCGCCACCGGCUCAGGUUGAGUAGAAGCUCGCCGCGUGAGGCCCCUGAGGGCCACAGGAGGGAAUCAGACUUCAGCUCACUGCCCCAACAGCUGGUUCUGUAUGGCAGUAACGAGUUUAUGGUAUGAGGGAGAGUUGCAGUGGAGACAAGACAUCUGAACCGCCUUCCAUCCUCCAUGCCAAUAGUGUGUAUGGGGGGAAAGAGGGAGGGAGGAAGUGAAACAGGGCUGAGAUGGGUCAUGUGGGCAUCCAUCUCUCACUGCUGUCCUUCUCUAGCUCUGCCCAUCUCUAUCCUCCUUCUCAGUGUCCGGAGGAACGCCACCCUUCCCAUGAUGCAGUUGGGUGCCGUCCUCUCGGCGUGAGAAGUGAAAGGUGAUGAAGAAACAAAGAGAGAUGGAAUGAUGAAUGGAUAAAAGAAGGAGGAAGCCUCAGAACUGAGAUGGAGGACUGGCAGGAGGCUGUAAAGGAAUAAAACAGCGACUAAACGCCAGAAAGCAAGUGAGUGAGGAAAGGAUGAGGGUAGCCGCCUUAACUCACCUGACCUUUGACUUCCAAGCGCCUCGACCCCUGCUGGAGCCUCGGGGGGGGGGGGGGGCACUGGGGGGCUGGAGAUAAGAAAAGAGAGAAGCAAGUAGACAGCGCCUUCUUUUGAACGCAGGUCUACGGUGGCUUGAGCCAGAGUCACUGACUGAGAGGACUAUCGGCCAUUUUGAUACGAGCCACUCAGCUACUUUCCGACCAUUUUGAUGCGAGCCACUCAGCUACUCUCCGGGCCAUUUUGAUACGAGCCACUCAGCUACUCUCCGGCCAUUUUGAUACGAGCCACUCAGCUACUCUCCGGCCAUUUUGAUACAAGCUACUCAGCUACUCUCCGGCCAUUUUGAUACAAGCUACUCAGCUACUCUCCGGGCCAUUUUGAUACAAGCCAUUCAGCUACUCUCCGGCCAUUUUGAUACAAGGUACUCAGCUACUCUCCGGGCCUUUUUGAUACAAGCCGUUCAGCUACUUUCGCGUCCACUUUCACGUUUACACAAUACAGCCUGUCCACGAGGUCGCAUGCUCCUUCAUUACACGUGUGUCCUAUGCCAGUUAAAGAGACUAUGGCGAUGAUGUGUUAUACAUAUGUAUUAUGUGACUUAAUUGUUAUGUUAUUAAAAAUAUAUAAAUGGAAGGAA